AUGCCUGAGGAGAGCAAGGACGAAAAAGAGGCAACUUCCAGGUGUAACUGGAAGUACAAUGUCCAGGUCACGGUGCUCAUGUGGUGUAGCACAUGCGCGCAUGUGAGGAUGAACAUGUUUUCGACGGACCGCAGCUUGCCGGCUCCGUCGCUUUUCGCUUCCCUGCCUCCUUUGUACCUUUCUCGUCGCUUCGACGACAUGGCCUCGACACCCGUCUCGUCGAUUGCCUCGUCUGCCACUAACGUGGCCGACGUUUUGGCGUCCCUCGGCAACGACGAGCUCGCGGCGGAGGUGGGGAGCUGGUCGGCGGAGCUGCAAGCUAAGGUGGUGGCGGCGGUAUCCGCCCUUUCUUCGACGUCGACAUCGACAUCGGCGUCUACUGUGGUCCGGCGCCGCAAGAGCAACAAGCUCGACGCGGCCUCGUCUUCCACGGCGGCAUCCUGGUUGGCCCCGGCGGUGGAGCCGGCUGACCUUUCGGCGGAGCUCACCGCGAUCCAGGAGGGUGAGCGCUCGCUGGCCGCAACCACCAUUGCCGACGACGAGGUCAUCAACUUCGGCGCCAUGCAGACGCCGUUGGGCAACGCCCGUCGUCGUGGUGGACUUCAGCGGCGCUACCGGUACAACCGCUGUGCCCCUUCCACGCGGCUCAGCGCCACCUACUUCGGCUGCGGCUCCGGGGUUCACCGGGCAGGACGACCCGCCGGGGGAUUUAUGCCGAAGCACGCCGUGAUCAACAAGUUCCGAGAGGUGCUGCAGGCGGCCGGGGUCGAGCUGACGUAUGUGGACCCCAACGGCAGACAGCUCUUCGGCGGCCACGCGGCUGGUACACCGGCCCGCCUGCUCGCCUUCGGCCACGACAUGCUCAACGCAUACUGGCAGUGGCCGGUUCGAUGGCCGGAGCACGGCGCCACGUUUCUGCCCACAGCGGCGGGGGUGACGCUCUGGGCGGGCGACGCGGUCCAGCUGGUGGUACGGGCGCUCCUAGCCGACUCCGCCUUCGAGACCUUCGGCGGCAUCUUCGGCGACCUGGGCCUCCAGACCAAGCCUAGCAAGGCCCAGCCGCCGGCCAACGAGCAGGUGAUACGUCCACGUCCACCUCGGACGGACGCCAACCUUACGCCGAAGCUGGUGCGGCGGCGCUCCUGGAUCACAUUCAGCCCGACCCAAGCCACCAUCUUCGCGGACGCGUUCUUCGUCGACCGCGGCCGUCAGAUCAAGGCGGGACACGUUCCCGACGAUGCCGGCAGGCACCGAAGCCAGCGGCGCCGCAACGGUUGGGGCUAUGUCGUGCAGAUCGGCGACCAGGUCUUCUAUGACUUCGGCGAAGCGCCGGCCUGGUCCUGGCCAUCGCCACCUUCGCCGCCCGGCUGCCGCCGCUCUGGACGGCUUACAUCGAUAACGUCGCCGGCCAGUGCGCCCUGGGGCUACGGCAACAACGGCGCCGUCAACGGCAUGGUGGCGGCCAUGUGGGGGCUGGCAGCCGCACAGGCGUGGGCACCCCACUUCGAGCGGAUGCCGUCGGCCGACAACAUUUCCGACGCCCUCUCCCGAGGCGACGAAGGAGAAGCCCAACGGCGAAGGUGGACGAGGGUCCACACCCGCCAGGACGAGAUCCUCCAGAUCCUCUACCAGGCCGGCGCCUCGACGCAGUACGCCACAGCCUCGGCGGUGCCGGUGCUUCUGAAGGGUACGGAGCCUAUGACCUGCGUCUUCCACAAGCAGGACGACAGGUUCAAGCAGCCAAAGGCACGUGUCAGCUUCUCGAUCUACUCCCCUUUCUUCACACAGGAUCCAAUGAGCUACACCAAGUCUGAACUGUGGUGUCGCUGUGUCGAAGAGGCUCUGCAGGAGUAUGCUUACGACGCAGAGGUUGCUGGCGUCAAGUACUCGCUCAGCUUGGGCUCUGCGUGCCUGAGACUCGUGCUAAUUGGCUACAAUGACAAGCUUCACGUACUGCUUGACGCAGUGACGGCAAAGAUGAUGUCCAUGGUGGAAGUGCCAGAGCAGAUCUUCUCCAUUGUGUCAGACGGCAUGGGGGAUGAUCUACGGAACCAGGCCUUCCACUCUCCACCCUACCUGCAGAGCAACAUGCGAAUGGAUGAGCUGCUGACAACCGGGAUGUCCUUCCCUGCUUACAAGCGGCUCGAGGCCUUCGAGCAGAUUAAAUGCUCUGACUUGAAGGGACUUGUGGAGCAAUUCUUCGCGUCUGGUGCUCAUGUGGAGUCCCUCAUGCUGGGAAACCUCACAGCGGACGAUGCGCGCCUCCUCUGCUCGAAGCUGACGACGGGACUGGGCCUGCGCAAGGCGCUGCCAGUGCUGCCGACGCGAGCGGAGGCCAUACUCCCCGAGGGAGCCACGCUCUGGGAGCUGGACAGUACCGACGAUGAAGAUCCGAACCAUGCAGUGUUCAUGAAGAUUCAGCUCAAAAGCGGCCUAGACAGUGAGAUGCUGACCAAACUCCUGGACAAGGCAAUCUCGACAAAGUUUUUUGAUCUGCUGCGCACGCAGCAGCAGUUGGGCUACAUAGUAGCAUUGAUGUCAUCUGCGCCAUUGGUGGCACCAAACCUCCUAGCAUUCGUCCAGACGGAGUUUAACCCCAGCUACGUCAGAGGGUGUAUAGAGAAGUUCCUUGACGAGCACUUUGACUUUGUGGAAGAAAGGAUGGCGGAGGAGGAGUUCGAGACCUGCAAAGCGGGACUGCUUGCAGAGCUUCGGCAGAAGCCUGAGGACCUGACGCAGGAGGCCCAGCGCUAUGGCCGCAUCUUCCUCGAUCGCACGUUUGAGUUCGACCGGAGGGAAAAGUGCAUUCGCUUCAUAGAGUCGUCAACAUUAGCGAUGCUGCGGAGCUUUGUCCGCGAUGAGAUGCGCAAAGCUCCACGAAUGUACGUGCAAGUCAAGAAGCUCCUGGACAAGGAGGAUAAACCACUUCCCGAUGGGGCGGUCAUCCCUGAGCCAGAGAACUUCAGGCGAUGGAACACGCACGUCGAAGCAGUCAAGUCGUUUGCUUCCACGGCGAAGUGGAACCCACUGAACAGCUCAGUCGAUGUUGCAGCAAGGUUAUGA